AUGUUCAAGAACGGUCGGCUACUUCAAUGGUUCCAUAGUACUUCCAUUCUCCGGAAAUCUGCUCUCUCGAACACUAACACGACGACUUCGCGACGUUGGGAGCAGCUUGGUCGACGUGGAUUUCGAUCCCGGCAUCACACACCUAAUUCCUCGAGUUCGACGGCGACGAGGAAAUGGCGACAACCAUACAUCUUUUAUCCCGCAUGUGCGGUAGUCCUGGGGGCAGCUGGUGUCACUGCGUACAAGACGCAUAAAGGGUUUAGGCACACUGUGCUGGCUGUCGUGCGGUGUUCGAGGAUUGCUGACGCGGCAAUACGGGGAGCGAUAGAUUAUAAAGUUAUGAUGUCCAAAAGCUACGGUUCGGACGAGGAGGUGAACCGUGCAUGGUCAGAAUGUCAUACGAGGAGUGCAAAGAGGGUUUUGAAAGCGUUGCUUGCAAACGGAGGUGUAUUCAUUAAGAUGGGGCAACAUAUGGCGACCCUCGUCGUCCUCCCUGUCGAAUGGACAAGCACGAUGCGGCCGUUACAGGACCAGUGCGAACCUACAUCCUACGAAGAGCUGGAAGGAUUGUUUAAACAAGAUAUGGGAGUGGAAGUGAACGAGCUUUUCGAGGAUUUCGAUCCCAAUCCUGUGGGAGUUGCAAGUUUGGCCCAAGUGCAUGUUGCGCGUCAUAAACCGACUGGGAGGAGAGUCGCCGUGAAGCUGCAACAUCCACACUUGGCAGAGUUUUGCGAUAUCGAUGUGGAAAUGGUCGAUGUUACCCUUGGGUGGAUCAAGUACUGGUUCCCGGAAUUCGAAUUCACCUGGCUCGGGGACGAAAUGAGGACCAACCUCCCAAAAGAGAUGGACUUCGUGCACGAAGCCGAGAACGCUGAACGCACAAAACGAGAUUUCGCACACGUCAAGACGUCGCUCUACAUUCCUGAAGUUAUCCACGCCGCGAAGCGCGUCCUGAUCAUGGAGUUCAUCGAAGGAGGGCGAGUGGACGAUUUGGAGUACCUAGCGCGUCACAAUAUCGACAGGAACAAGGUUGCAGUGGAACUUUCGAGGAUAUUCAGCGAGAUGGUGUUUCAUAAUGGAUGGUUCCAUGCUGACCCCCAUCCAGGUAAUUUGCUAAUUCGCCCAUCGCCACCUUCGUCAAAGUCCCCGUACAACUUUGAGAUCGCGUUGCUGGACCAUGGACUUUACUUUGACCUUGACGAUGAACUCAGGGUGAACUAUAGCAGAUUGUGGCUGUCUUUGAUUUCGGCAGCCUCUCCCACUGUUAUCGCCGAACGCAAGCGCCUAGCUCAACUUGUGGGCAAUGUUGGUCCCGACCUUUACCCCAUCUUUGAAGCGGCUCUCACUGGUCGCGCAGCUUUAGAAGGCUCGUUUGAAGAUGGGAAAGAUGUUUCGUUCAAGAGGGGCUCGAGCAUGAUCGAUACAACGAGUCGUGCUGAAAUUGAGGCCGUUCGACACGCUGUCGCUAACACGGACGGGCUCAUUUUGUCAGUGUUUGAUGUACUGCGAAGGGUUCCAAGGCGGAUUCUUAUGGUCCUGAAGUUGAAUGACUUGACUCGUGGAUUGGAUCGUGCUCUUGCGACCACUCAUUCCAAUGUCCGAGUCUUCCUCGUUCACGCAAAAUACUGCCUGAAGGCAUCCUGGGUUGCUGACCAACACCAGAUACUUUCCAAUGUCCGGACUUUUGGCUUCACACGGUCGCUGUGCCUUUGGAUAUCUGGCUGGUGGCAUUACCGUACCUCAUACGCCGCCUUCGCUGUGUACGAGGCACUACUGGACUUUCAAGGUUGGAAAGUCAAGAAACUGGCAUGGCUCCGGGGAUUGUGGCGUCAGGGGUUUAGAGGGGCGCAUGACGCUGCAGCUGGCCUGCGCAUAGAAGCGUGA